AUGGCGAUGGCGCCGCCGCGGCUCCUCCUCCUCCUCGCCCUGUUUGCCUGCCUGAGCCUCGUCUCUGCCACCCUGUCGCCCCGGCCGCUCCCACGCACCGACGACGACGGCCUCGCGCGGACCACCGGCAGCUCCUCGUCGUCUUCGGAGCGAGGCGUGGGCGCGCGGACUUGCUGGUACACGGUGCAGAUCAAGACGAGCUGCUCCUCUCCGGCGCGCACGUCGGACGCGAUCAGCCUGGCGUUCGGGGACGUGUACCGCGACGAGGUGUACGCGGCGCGGCUGGGCGGCGCCGCCGGCGCGUUCGACCGGUGCGCCACCGACACGUUCAAGAUCGGGGGGCCCUGCGGGUACGGCGUCUGCUACCUCUACCUCCGCCGCGCCGGCCGCACCGGGUGGACGCCGGAGUGGGUCAGGGUGUACGAGCCCACCGCCCCCAGCGCGCCCUCCACCUUCCGCUACGGCGACCCGCUCCCCAACAACGUCUGGUACGGCUUCAACCGCUGCCCGCGCCUCGCCUCCUCCUCCUCCUCGUCGUCUCCUUCCUCUGCUGCUGGUGCUGCACAGGCGAUGUAG